UCAUAAAAGUAUAAUAAUAGUGGGUCGGGGGUGCCGCUGCCGCAACGAGCGGUGACCUAGCGAGCGCGCGCCGCCGCGCCAGCGGCAGUCUUCACCCGAGCCUUCUAAUGACCUCAAGCGUACACUGUUGCGCUAAACACAAUUACUAAAUCCCUAGUCACAACUAACCCCUCAAAUUAUUUAAUUAACCUUAUAAAAACGCGUGUACGACGGACAGGCGCACUUUGAGCGGCCGGCGGGCGGGUCGCGAAAAUGGACCUUAACGCGAUAGAUAUAACAUCUAUUCGCAAUUAGCUGCAGUCGGAUGCGUGUCGGCGCAAAGGCCUUGACAGGUAAACAAAAUGUUCAAUGGAAUGUAAAAAACAUUCAAUAAUGAAACUAUGAAAAAGAUUUUAUGCUUCAAGACGAAGAAAAAUGAUCGUGAUAUUUUGCAAAUUAUUUCAUUACUGUUGGUUCUACCCUCCGUUUCGCGAGGGCAGAAUACCAUGGCGUGCCCCGACUUAAUGAGGGGUAACAAAUGCUCGUGCUAUACCUUUGAGGACGGUGUAUUUCUCGACUGCCAAGACACCGUUUUGAAAGAUGUUAAAAAUGCAUUGAAACUUAUGUCGCACAUCCACUCCCUGUCGAUUUACGAUCUCGAUGACAACGAAGAGAGUUUAGGGGCUCACUUUAUACCUCAAGGAGUGUGCAUUAAACACAUACACAUAUCGAGGACUAGCAUUAGAGAUAUCGGUGACGACACAUUCAUGCCGCUGAGGAAGUGCCUUGAAACGCUAAGCAUCGUGUCGAGCAAGCUAAAGUUCAUGCCACAAAAAGUUUUCUCUGGCCUCCUAAAGCUCAUAUCCGUGGACCUAACUUUUAAUUAUAUCGAAGAUAUACCCAGCUAUAGCUUUUACGGUCUUCCGCUAAUGAAAUUGAAUAUGAAAGGAAAUAUGAUACGUGAUAUAUCGGAAUCAGCCUUUUCUAGUUUAGAACUUUCUCUCUCGGAAAUUGAUUUGAGCGAAAACAACCUCACAACAUUCCCAAUAGCGUCGGUGGCGAAGUUGAGACAUCUGCGCUCUUUAAGGCUAGCUUGGAAUGAAAUGUCUUUUUUCCCCGUCGUUGAGGAUUCGGAUUUAAUCUCGCUGGAGUUUCUAGACUUGAAUUCUAAUAAUUUUGAAUUUAUUUCGGAAGACUGUCUCAAAUUUAGUCCGUCCCUCAAAAUAUUGUCUUUUCAUUUUAAUUUUAUUCAUAGUAUACAUUACCGAGCCUUUCAGUCCUUAGUUAAUUUAGAGUCGAUUGAUUUGAGCCAUAAUAGAUUAAAAUUUUUGUCCCCCGAUCUUUUUGAGAAUAAUAAAAAACUUCGCUUUAUAGAACUGAGCUAUAACCAUUUACACCACAUCCAUGGUCUAUUUUGCAACUUGUUAUCUCUUAGUGAGGUUGUCUUGAGUCAUAAUAAUAUUCUAGAUGUGCCAAUAGAUUCUUUUCUGAAUUCAACUAAUAUAAGUAUAAUACAUUUAGAUGACAAUUGCAUAAGCAAUAUUCAUAGUGAGAGUUUUAGUAAUUUACUUAAUCUUGCUAAGCUACAAUUAGAAUUUAACUAUUUGAAUAAAGUGCCACAUGAUAUUUUUAGGAAUAAUAAGAAUAUAGUGAAAUUAAGAUUAGACAAUAACAAAUUUCUCAAUAUAGAUAACAGCACAUUAGGGUCCUUAGCAAGUCUGAAUGAAAUCAGACUGAACAAUAAUAAGCUUACAACGAUUACAAAAUACCAAUUUGUAGAAUCCUUAAUGGUUGAAGAAAUUCAUUUGGAUCAUAAUGAAAUAAACUUUAUCGAACCGGGAACAUUUAUUCAUAUGAGUAGAUUAAAAUACCUUAGCCUCAAUAAUAAUUACUUGAUAGACUUAAAUGAUAUUCUGCCUAAAAUAAAUUCAAAUCUACUAAAAUUAUACUUAGAUUAUAACUCUCUUCCUGGAAUCAAUAAUUUUAUGUUUCAUUCUCAAAAGAAGCUAAACAAGUUACAUUUAAAACACAACCAUAUAAAGUUUUUGAGAAGAAAUACCUUACAAAAUUUGACUUAUCUUACACACAUUGACUUAGGGAACAAUGAACUUUCCUUUAUAGAAGACUACUCAUUCCAAUAUUUGAAUUCAACGCGAAAACUAGAUUUAAAACAUAAUCUAUUAAGGAACAUAACAAACUUUACGUUUUUCGGUUUGACUGAGUUAGAAGAUUUAGAUCUUUCAAAUAAUAAAAUUUCAUCGGUCUUCGACAUGGCCUUUCAUGCAUUGAAAAAGUUGAGAAGCCUCAACUUGUCGUUCAAUUCCAUAAGAAUGUUGCAUAAAAAUAUGUUUCAGCAGGGUCUACCUUUAAGCUCGCUAUACUUAGACAGCUGUGAAAUACAGUUAAUAGAAAACGAAACUUUCCAGGGUUUGAAUAACCUCAAGACUCUAUCUCUUAAAAAUAAUUCAUUAAAAUCAGGAGACUUGCUUUCCAUUGAAGUUCCAGGGUUAAAAUAUCUGUCGCUCUCUUUCAAUGUUCUAGACUUUUUACCACUAGAAUCAUUUUCCCUCCUGCCACUUUUAGAAGUCUUGUUAUUGGAGCAUUGUAAUAUUGAGCAUAUUUUUCAGGGUACUUUUAAAUACAAUAAAAAACUUUCAAGGUUGAAUCUAGCUCAAAACAUUAUCAGUACAAUACCGUCAACACUCUUUGAAUUGCAUAACACAGUUUCAGACUUAAAUAUUAGUAAUAAUUUCUUAGAUUCGGUUCCGUACAAUACAAUCCAUAAUUUAACGAAUCUUGAAAAUUUAGACAUUUCAGAUAAUCUUUUGCCAAAGGUCGAAAUAAGCGGAUUCGAAAAGUUAACUAAUCUUAAAUAUUUGAUUUUGAGAAAGAAUGAAAUUAAAUCUGUUACAGCGAAAAAGAGGGUUACAUUCAAUGACUUGGUAUCUUUAGAUUUUAGUAGUAAUAAACUAGAGCACUUGCCUCUUAUUAUGUUCGAGCUGUUUCCGAAUUUGCAGAAUGUUAACAUUUCCGGUAACAACAUAGUAAAGUUCGAUUUUCUGUCAUCCUUUAAGAAGUCCGGCAUAGCACUGAUAAACAUUGAUCUUAGCAAUAACCCCGCCGUUUCUUGGACCGCUUCCAAUAAAUCUGAUAACAAUGCCUUAAUAGCCAAUGUAUAUGAAUUACACAUAAGCGCGACUAACAUUUCAAAUAUAGAUGAUAUUAAAUUUGAUAGAUUUAGCAGCUUACAACAUCUUUACUUGAAUUACAAUAAAAUUAGACGUUUAACAGUGAGUCCGUUUUCAAAAUUAUCUUACUUAGAAACUUUGGAUAUGAGUUUUAAUAAAAUUUCUCAAAUAAAAAGUAGUCAUUUUCGUGGUUUACUAAAAUUGCGAUCGAUAUGCUUGUCCAACAAUAACAUCGAGUCAAUAGAAUCUUUCUCCGAAGAUUUAGGGAAUCUGAAGCUUUUAGAUUUAUCUCACAAUAAACUACAAAAUAUACUGAAUGAGGAUUUAGUUCACUUGAAAGAACUUACUGUAUUGUUCUUAGGCUACAAUAAUAUAAAAUAUGUUUCGGCGACAGCUUUUAGGAAUUUGAAUAAAAUUGUACAGAUAGAUUUCUCUCAUAACAAACUUCAAAUGCUUUCUUUGGAAUUGUUGGUAUCGGUAGAAAAUCACGUGCAAGAUAUUGAUAUACAAGAUAACCAUUUAAUAUGCAACUGCGAACGGGACAAUACAUGGGUUUGGAUACAAGAUCACCCUAAAAUAAUAAAAUCUAAAGCAGUAACGUGUAUUCAUAACGAAUAUCCCAAGGAAAAAUGUGACGUCCCAAUAAUAUCGCAGCUCUCUGUCGACAAACAUAAAGAUAACUCCGUAUCCGUCUCGUGGUUUAUCAGAAAUCGUACGGCCAUAAAAGCACUACAAAUAAUUUAUUACAGCGAAGAUAUUCAAUCUGAUGUAAAAUCGAAGUACUUAGAGAAAACUGAAGUGUCCUUUCACAUACCGGAUCUUGCACCAAAUGUAAACUAUGUAGUGUGCGUUAUCACGCUACACGAUGAGCCUCCCCUUCUCGAUUUCGAAAUUAAAUCUGAGUUAAAUGGGACUACAAAUGUGGACACGAACCUCACCGCCAGACUGACACAGGACGUCGCCGAGGCUAUACUCAUGCGAUCGCCUUCCAGCGAGUGCCUAUCCUUCAACACUUUCAGAAAACCAGUAUCAAUAAAAACGAGACAUCGCAAAGUAUUUGACAUUACCUUAAUUCUUAAUCGCCGAAUGGGUUUAAUCGUAGGCUGUUCACUAGGCUGCAUUGUAUUCUUUAUAAUGGUCUCCAUUCUUUUAUACACGAAAAUUAAAGAAAGGAAACGUAUUGCAAAAUCCGACCCUAAUUGGUCUGAAAUGAAUGACUUUCAUUCAAUUCACAGCAAGGAAGAUAUUAUUCAAGAUUCAACUACAGCUUCUACUGAUAAUAUUUUAUUAGGAAUGGGAAAAAAUAAGAAAUAAAUACUAGACCACCUUUUAAUUCUAUUCCCGAAUAGUAUGAUAGUAAAUAGUUAUUUAGAUUUAUAGAUCAGAUAUUAUACAAUUUGUAACUAUAAAGAGGAUCAAUCAAUUCUAAAUUUAAUUAUAUUCUAUCAGUAGUUGCUUAGAAAGUGCUACAUUCUACUUAUAAUAUAGAUUACCUUAUUUCAUAGUAUUUAAUAGGUACCAAUAGAUAGAUAGGUAGUUGAUUAUACAAUUAUUUUAGUUACUAGAGUAGGCACUUUUGUCGUUGGCAGUUGAACUUUAUUUGUAUAAAUUAUUUGUUGACAUAUAAUGUUUAAUAGACUGUUACUCUAGUCACAAUUAAAUGCAAAAAUACCUA